CGGAUCUUGCGCUGACCGCGCUGGUGAAACAAACAAAAAAAAAACAACAACAAAAGAAAAAACGGCUUCAGUGGGGGACACGGCUCUGCUUCACUUUUUUGGACAGUACCACCAUGGAUGCCUUGCGAGCAGUCGCCUUUUCCACGCUCUUCAUUUUCUUGUGGAGUUUACCAUGUUGCCAGUCAGCUGCGCUCAUAUCGUCCAGAAGGAACAAGGAUGCACGGAGCGCAUAUGAUGGACAAAGGUCACCCAAAUUUCUUAAAGAGAUUUUUGCAUCAUCCCCGGGUGCGAAUCGUCGGGAUGAUUAUUUAAAGGACCCUGUUGUGCCACACGAUUACAUGAUUUCUAUAUACAGGACUUAUUCCGCUGCUGAAAAACUUGGGCUCAAUGCAAGUUUUUUCCGCUCUUCCAAGUCUGCAAACACCAUAACGAGUUUUGUAGACAGGGGAAAAGACGAUCUCAUGCUCUCUCCUUUACGAAGACAAACGUAUCAGUUUGAUGUCUCAACUCUCUCCGACAAAGAGGAGCUGGUCGGUGCUGAAUUAAGGAUUUUUCGAAAAGCGCCUGGGGAUUUCCUACCGUCCCCGUCAGGCGUCUACCACCUUCAUUUGCUCUCAUGUCGAUCAGAGAGGCCGCUGGGCUCCAGGUCCCUUGAUCUCCAGGAUUCCCGAAAGCCAGAAUGGGAGGUUCUGGACGUAUGGGGGAUUUUUAAAAACAGGCAUUAUCACGCAGCCCAAGGGAAUCAGCUUUGUCUCCAGCUCAAGGUAACGCAUGGCAAAUCCGACACGGAAAUCGACCUGAAGCAACUGGGUUUCCACAGGCACGGCCGAACGCAGCAGGAAAAGGCGAUAUUGGUGGUUUACACGCGGUCCAGGAAGAGGGAGAACUUGUUCAAUGAGAUGAAAGAGCAGAUCAAGUCUCGGGGAGAGCAGCAGCAGGAGGAGGAUGAGAGCGGCCUGCAGUUUAAAGCGCGGCGCAGACGGAGAACUGCGCUCAAUACGAAUCGUCACGGGAAAAGACAUGGCAAAAAGUCCAAAUCGAGAUGUAGCAAAAAGGCGUUGCAUGUCAAUUUCAAAGAGCUGGGCUGGGACGACUGGAUCAUUGCGCCCUUGGAUUACGAAGCCUACCACUGCGAGGGCGUUUGCGAUUUCCCGUUGAGGUCGCACCUGGAGCCGACCAACCAUGCCAUCAUUCAAACGCUCAUGAACUCCAUGGACCCGAACAGCACGCCGCCGAGCUGUUGCGUUCCCACAAAACUCAGCCCCAUCAGUAUACUGUACAUAGACUCGGGCAACAAUGUCGUGUACAAACAGUACGAGGACAUGGUGGUGGAACAGUGUGGCUGUAGGUAGCGAAUCACACUAAGUGUGGCACCAAGGAAUGAAACACUUGAUGUGAGGCUAAAUGGACCAGUCCAGAACGAAGUAAAACAAAAAGACGCGUUUGAGCCGCAUUCUCAUCUAUGCAAAAGUCAUUCUUUUUUCAUGCUUCGAGACAUUUCUGAUUAUUUAAAUGAUCUCCAAAUGAUCAAUAACCAAUAGGCCACCAUUCACGUUUGAGGCACGGUUUCUCUAAACAUUUCCUUGGGACAGAAAACAUUAUUUUAUGAGUCGCCUGUUAGAUAAGGCAGGUAUAAGAAAGGCCAGAUUUAGUGCGUAUUAUCCGCCUGGAUUCGCUAAGGAUUAUGUUACAGCAUUAUCUGUGCGGACUCAGAAGUAUGGGGAGACGUGCACCAGUUGAAACGGGACUGGUUACUCACUCUGCUAUAUGGUCUAGUUAUAUGAUGAUGAUGAUGAUGAUUAUGAUGAUUAUGAUAUAUGGGUAAGACGCGGUGUCACAUCGCCGUUGCCAGUGACUUGGAAACGCUUUAAUCCGACGCUUUAAUGCGUUAUUAAGUCAUAGUCCGCUUUUUGGGGGCAAAGGUGAAUAUACCAAACACGGUGAAAAACAAUUUCUGCCCAUUCCGUUUGACUGCACGUGAGCGAAUCUUGUGGCGCGCGCUCACUUGGGAGAGACAGAGACAAAGAAAAAGAGACUGACUGUUGCUUUAAAGGUAAAUAAGGAGCAUAAACUUUUUGAAGUGCCUGGACAUUUGACCGCAGGUAACGAAGCCUGCAAAAAAAUCCACCAAAAAUGUCAUUUUGUACAUUCAGGGUGGAAUCAUCGAGCAAAGAGACUCAACUGAGAUGACAAAAAUGGAAAUCCAUCAACGUUUGCAUCUUCACAAAAUGCACUUCCACAACAGCGACCUGUCUGAGGAGUCAGGAAGGAGCGUUUUUGUCCCGACCGAUCGAUUGAGAAGGAAUAAGAGACUCACAAGCGAGAUUACUUAAUUUAAAUGCACAUUAGCUUUGAAUGCACUGUUGUUCAUUAUUUGAGCUGUAAAUAUUUUGUAAAGUAAACCCUAAAGUGCAACGGAUGAAGAAAUGGAACAAACACAUUUCUUUGUUAAUGUACAUUUAUAAAUGCACUCAAAUCACUAUAAUUUCUAUUCUAUAAAUAUUUUAUUAUUUGUGAUGUACAGAGUUCCAUGAUAAUCGUGUAUUUCUUACGCUGAUAAAAACAAAAAUUUAUUUAAAAUGUAUUCAUUAUUGCUGAGGGUGGAAAUACCAUUAUCGAUGUCUACCUCAUAAUUGCAUAGAAUUUAAGUUCUGAGGUGCAUUCAGUUAGAGUUUAAGUUUUUUU